AUGUGGAUCCCACUCCUGGCUUUUCUUACUGCUGGAAUCGUCUCUCUGCAGAAAUGCCAACGAGGGCCUGGCCCCAUGCUGCGGGCAGCCCGUGUGCUCGCAGCUGUGCCGGGGCUGUGCCAGCGCCCAGAAAACAGAUGUGCCACUUCAAAUACACUAACGUGCACAAUGUGUCUUGCCCUGGGCCCAGAGUGUGGAUGGUGUUCUCAAGAGGAUUUCAUGGCAGGAGCAACACAGAAGGGACGAUGUGACAUGGUUUUUAAUUUAAUAAAAAAAGGCUGCCAAUCAGAAUUUAUAGAAAAUCCCACCAUUCGUGUAACAAUACCCAGCGACCACAAGACAAAUACACAAGUAACACCGGGAGAGGUUUCAAUCCAACUGCGUCCAGGAGGUAAAGCAAGCUUUAUGUUAAAAGUCCAUCCUCUAGAGAAGUAUCCGGUGGAUCUUUAUUAUUUAGUUGAUGUCUCAGCUUCUAUGCACAACAACAUAGAAAAAUUAAAUUCUGUUGGAUUUGAUUUAUCUAAAAAGAUGGCAAAUAUUUCUCUUGAUUUUCGACUUGGAUUUGGAUCAUAUGUGGACAAGACUGUGUCACCCUAUAUUAGCAUUCACCCAGAAAGAAUCCAUAAUCAGUGCAGUGAUUAUAAUUUAGAUUGUAUGCCACCUCAUGGCUACAUUCAUGUGCUGUCUCUGACUGACAACAUAGCAGAGUUCAAAAAUGCAGUGAAUAAACAAAAGAUCUCUGGGAAUAUUGAUACACCUGAAGGAGGGUUUGAUGCUAUGCUUCAGGCAGCUGUGUGCCAGAGCCAUAUUGGUUGGCGCAAAGAAGCAAAGCGAUUACUUCUUGUGAUGACAGAUCAGACCUCUCAUCUGGCCCUUGAUAGUAAAUUGGCCGGGAUAGUAAUUCCCAAUGAUGGAAAUUGCCAUCUGAAAGAUAAUGUGUACAUCAAAGCUACAAGUAUGGAACAUCCAUCGCUUGGGCAACUUUCUGAAAAACUGAUAGACAACAACAUCAAUGUUAUCUUUGCAGUUCAAGGAAACCAGUUUCACUGGUAUAAGGAUCUUUUGCCUCUGUUGCCUGGUACUGUCGCAAGACAAAUAGAAUCGCAAGCAGCUAAUCUCAAUGAUUUGGUGGUAGAAGCCUAUCAGAAACUAAUCUCUGAAGUGAAAAUUCAGGUGGAUAACCAGAUCCAAGAUCUACACUUUAAUAUAACUGCAAUCUGUCCUGAUGGAAGUAGAAAAACAGGCAUGGAAGGAUGCAAAAAUGUGGCCUAUAAUGAAGAAGUGCUUUUUAAUGUAUCAGUUGCAAUGAAAGGAUGUGGUCCAACUGAAGGAAGAAAAUAUGUGAUAAUCAAACCUAUUGGUUUCAAUGAAACCACCAUAAUUAAUAUAUAUAAAAAUUGUGCCUGUCAGUGUGAGGACAGUGCAAGGCACAAAAGAAUAUGUGUCGAUGAAACUUUUCUCGAUGGUGAAAGCACCCAUUGCGAAGACACUAACUGUAGUUCCAGUGAAGAUACGUUUCCUUUUGAGACAUGUAAGUUGCACCCGGACCAGCCCAUCUGCAGUGGUCAAGGAGACUGCAUAGGUGGAAGAUGUCUCUGUCACAAAACCAGGCUGGGCAAAGUGUAUGGCAAAUACUGUGAAAUGGAUGACUUUUCUUGCCCGUAUUACCAUGGAAACCUGUGUGCUGGCAAUGGUGAAUGUGAAGCUGGUAAAUGUAAAUGCUUUCUCGGCUGGGAAGGUGACCGCUGUCAGUGUUCACUAUUGACAGCAAAACAUUGCAUGAAUUCCCAAGGCCAGAUUUGCAGUGGAAGAGGAGCAUGUGUAUGUGGAAAAUGCGAGUGCACUGAUCCAAGGAGUUUUGGCCGGUUUUGUGAAUAUUGCCCUACUUGUAACAAUGCCUGUGACGAAAACAGGAAUUGUGUUCAGUGCCAUUAUUCUAACAAUGCAUCACAAACUACACAUGACCAGUGCAAAACCUCAUGUGCUUAUAUGGUGCAUUAUAUUGAUCCCGCAUCAGAAUGUUUCUCUGACCCAAACUACUUUAGAAUCUUUUUCAUAAUCUUUAUAGUUACAUUUCUGAUUGGGUUGCUUACUGUACUUAUCAUCAGGCAGAUAAUUCUACAGUGGAAUAGCAAUAAAGUUAAAUCUUCCUCAGAUUACAGAGCAUCUGCAACAAAGAAGGAUAAGAUGUUUUUGCCUACUGUUUGUACGAGAACAGUAACAUACAGACGUGACAAACCAGAAGAAAUAAAUAUCGACAUCAGCAAGUUACGAUUAAAUGAAACUUUCAAGUGCGAGUUCUGA